AUUAUGUUUUGGAAGGCACAGAUAAGGAAUCUGGGGCACUUUGAUCCUUAUAAACUCCUUGGAUAAUGUAUAAUACUUAUACAGCAUUUAGGUGCAUAUGCACAAGGGGCAGUUCUUAUCAAAGUUAUCAACUCUCCCAGAAAUAUCCUCAUUCUUCCGGGAAAGCUUCAUUAACAAGAACAUCAUUGUCUGGUCAUCCUCUCCCCGUCACUGCGUGCAUCCCGUCCUCGCCUCUCGCCAGCCCUUCUCUUUCUGAACGUCAACUCACCAGAAAGAGACUUUAUUUCAUCUUCGUUAGCUUUUACAAACCAGAUGCGAACAUCGGCAAGCGUUUAUUUGGCUUUUAUAGAGUUGGUCGUCUGCGAUUCUUGACAUCAUACUGAUGGUCUUCACUUCUGCGCUCUCCACCCCGCCUGCCAGAGCGGAGGAUCGCUGGACCAGAGAAACGCACAAGGAGGGGAGAGCAGGCUGAUGCUAGCGGCUGUGGCGAGUCUCACAUUGUCAGUUCAAACUACAGGAGCAACUUAGACGAACUUGAUGAAAGACUGUAGUUGGAUAUAGUUGGUUUGGAGGACACAGAUUCACUGCAUGAAAAUUUCGCUCGCUUGCUCUAGGUAGCCUUGUUUAGUGAUUUAUGACUGCACGUUUAAAAGGGUAUUUAUGGUAAUAUGCUUUAUUGAUUGAGGUCAGUUUGGUCUAUUUCUGCAAAGUGAUGACAGGUUUUUCAAUGUAUUCUUGGACUUAGUGCAUGUGUAAUUACUUAUCUGAACCCCGCUGAUCUGACUCUUAACAAUGAUCGCUGAAUGUCACAUUUCAGUGCGACACACUUGUCCAAAUAUUGUGCAUCUGUUCUUUUGCGACCGCGAUUUGAUUUACAGAUAACUUUGAAAUCUUGAGUUAUAAAACCUAGACUGAAAAUUAGCAUGGGUGAUAUUUAGCCUACUCAUGGGUUUUGGCCGGUUGUCUAGUUUAGUCCACUUUAUGACAAGACGGACUAUGACUUGGUCAAAACUUUGCUCUGCGCUAGUUUAAUUGUGCCAGAUUGAUGUUAGGAAGUCCGUCAAACAACGGCGGCAUCAGAAUGCUGGUGCCCCCAGAUCCGAACGACGACAGGCGGGUAGAGUUUGUGGCUCUCACCGCUGUCCACACGGAGAGAAGCGAACCGUCCAGCCCGGAGCGCGGACACCCGUCUCACCGCACUGGUCUGCUGGGUACCCCGCUGCCCGGGCCGCCCGGACCCCGGGCCAACUCGUCCUCUUCAAACAAACGCUGCAGAAAGUUGCAAAACUGCAUGUACAACGUGCUGGAAAGACCAAGAGGAUGGGCAUUCAUCUACCAUGCAUUCAUUUUUGUGCUGGUGUUCAGCUGCUUGGUGUUGUCUGUGUUCUCCACAAUCCCCGACCACCAGAAGUUUGCCAACCAAAGCCUCUUCAUCCUGGAGUUUGUGAUGAUCGUGGUGUUUGGCUUGGAGUACUUCAUAAGGAUCUGGGCAGCUGGCUGUUGCUGCAGAUACCGUGGAUGGCAGGGACGGCUGAGAUUUGCCAGGAAGCCCUUCUGUGUCAUAGACUUCAUAGUAUUUGUGGCAUCACUAGCAGUAAUAGCAGCUGGGACGCAAGGCAACAUUUUCGCCACGUCAGCCCUGCGCAGCAUGCGUUUCCUGCAGAUCUUGCGUAUGGUUCGUAUGGACCGACGGGGAGGCACCUGGAAACUACUGGGCUCAGUGGUUUACGCUCACAGCAAGGAGUUGAUUACUGCCUGGUACAUAGGUUUCCUGGUCCUGAUCUUUGCCUCCUUCCUUGUCUACCUGGCAGAGAAAGACAUCAACUCAGACUUUAACACCUAUGCAGACUCCCUCUGGUGGGGGACUAUUACUCUUACAACCAUUGGCUAUGGUGACAAGACCCCGCGUACCUGGCAAGGACGGCUCCUUGCUGCCGGCUUCGCUCUUUUGGGAGUCUCCUUCUUUGCCCUGCCUGCCGGAAUUCUGGGGUCAGGCUUUGCCUUAAAGGUUCAAGAGCAGCACAGGCAGAAACACUUUGAGAAGAGAAGGAUGCCUGCUGCCAACCUGAUACAGGCUGCAUGGCGUCUCUACUCUACAGAUGCCAAACACUCCUAUCUGACAGCUACAUGGUACUUCUAUGACAGCAUGUUGCCUUCAUUCAGAGAACUGACGCUACUGUUCAGUCACCUCCAGCGACAGCGUAACACCAAGAAGGUUCUCCACAACUCCUACCACACGCUGCUGUCUGGGCUGCGGCCCUACAGCUCCCCCUACCUGUCAGGGGACAGUCAACUCCUUCCUAAAAAACGGAGUCUCUUCCGGAUUCACGCUGGCCGCAAGCAGAGCAGUAAAAUAGGCUUCCGGGAUCGGAUUAGGAUGAACAAUUCCAGAUCAUCCCAAACCAUUAGGAACAAGGCCUCACCGCUGCCCCCGGACUCUGGUGUCCGCUGCUCUCCCAGCCAGGAGAACGUCCCCGAUGCCACCAGCCCGGGGAAGGUCCAGAAGAGCUGGAGCUUUAAUGACCGCACACGUUUUCGCACCUCUCUUCGCCUCAAACCACGUCCACCUGUUGAUGUAGAGGGGGUCGGGGAGGACAGUGUGGAAGACAAACCAUUUUGUGACGUGGCCAUGGAGGAGGUAAUCCCAGCAGUGAAGACACUCAUACGGGCUGUCAGGAUAUUAAAAUUCCUUGUGGCCAAGAGGAAGUUUAAGGAGACACUGCGUCCGUAUGAUGUGAAGGACGUCAUAGAGCAGUACUCUGCUGGACACCUGGACAUGCUGGGCCGUAUCAAGAGCCUGCAGAUGCGGGUGGACCAGAUAAUUGGGCGAGGAAACGUUCAGCCCGAUAAGAAAGCGCGCUCUGAAAAGGGAGAGAAGACGCCGCCAGAACUGGACCCACUGGAUGAGCUAAGCAUGAUGGGACGUGUAGUCAAGGUGGAGAAACAGGUACAGUCUAUAGAGAACAAGCUGGACCUCUUGCUCAGCUUCUACUCCCAGUGCCUAAAGAAAGGCUCGUCUCACUUCACCCUGUCUUCCCUCCUGGAACCCGAGCUGACAUCUGACUACCACAGCCCCACAGACCAAAGAGACCUCUCCCCCUCCGCUAACACACUCAACAUCUCUGAGAGCGGCAACUUGGAAUCACAGUGAGCUGAGAAGUCUCUGGGCUGUCCGAACACAGACACACAACCCUACAGUAUGUUUUCCGGCGGCUGAGUCCUCACUUUAAGCAGCCCAACCUUAAUGUCAUCAAUCAUUUAAUUUCUGUCUGGGAUGAUUUGCACCCUUCUAUCUUAAAUCUGCACCCUCACCGUUUUUUUUUCCUGAAGUGAAUGCAUUUCCAGAGCUGAUACAGACGGAGGCCACCGGAUGGCUCCACCAAGGAGCCUCAGCCAAAGCUGCUCACCGCACACGCCUCUCAUCCCACUACAUGGAGAUGAAGAGAGGGAUGAACAACUAUAACUUGACUACUGAACUACUUUCACCCACUCACAUCAUGCUAUUUAUCUAUGCCUCCCUUAAAGCUUCAACUGUACAUCAUCAGACUAUGAAUUUUUGUAAAUCUUUGGAGAAAUCUUGUUCCCCCCCCCCCAUCAUAAUUUUUUUUUUUCUUUCUUGGCUGCUUGAAUCAACUGACUGAAAGUUUGCUGACUCACUUGACAUAAACAGUGCUGCAAGUGCCAUACCAGUCAUUUGUUCAGUACCUUAGGAUGGCUGUGGUGAAUGUAAUGGUUCCUACCUGCGAAUUUCGCACCACCAGAGAAAUGAUUAAACACCGAAGGAGCCGUCGACACAGAAAUAAUCUGCUCCCUCGGACCUGGACGGGCAAACUGGGCUAACAGCCCAAAGCACUGAAACUCUAUGGUACACCUUCCUACCCAAAGAAGGGAGUUUUAAAUAUGUAAAUCCUGUUUUAUUUGCCCAAACUUGUCACGUGAAAACAGAGCUGGAAGAAUGCCUUGGAGUGACUGAUAUGUACUGUACUUUGUUGUUUGUUUUCAUCUCCAUUCCUUCUCUCAGACAUUCUGUCUCCAACAAGCCCACUUGCAAAAAAAAACAUUAUUCCCUGUUUGGCUGGCAUUCAAGUGAGGAACUUAUUUAGGAUUUAAUAGAGCCAAAACAUCCUUAAUCUCUUCUUUGCAAUGUUUCAAAGGUGACUUUAUCUCCUUGAGUAUUUUAGUAACCUAACUUUGUGUUUUUAACAUGCCCUUUAAACCUCUCUGUCUUGCAGCCCAUGCACCCCCUCCCAGACAUGCAUGUUACUGUAGAUAAAACCUCAAUGAUCCUAAGAAGUUAGACAUUUAUGUCACAUUUUUUCUGCACUGCUACUCAUCACGCAGAUCUAGCCUUAGGUCAGGUUCACCAUGUCAGCUGGUCAGCCUUUCUUACAGGAGGAUAGUUUUCACUCUUACAGUCAUCAGAUGGCAUGCAAUCUUGCAGUUAGGAGCUAUGGAGAUGAUGUAGAAAUCUUUUUGGCCAGUUUUUAACCUCAUGAAUGCACGUGUCUUAGGAAAUGGUUCCAGCCUUACAGCUUCACUACAGACAGACAGGGUGCAGGGUUGGCACCCAUAGGUGUUACUGACUAUUCUUGCCUCUCCUCUGUCUUUUCUGUUUCUUUCUUGGAGAUAUUUGAUACACAGUUAACGCUCUGUGGACAAAACUGGAGAGUGCAAAAAUGCGCGCGCGCGCGCGCACACACACACACACACACACACACACACACACACACACACACACACACACACACACAAAACAUUAAAGCAUUUCCUUUACUUAAAUACUUUGACACUUGAUAAAUAUAACACAGUUUUGUCUUUUUAUCUUUGUUAUGCAUUAAUUUUGUAUAACCCAUAAUGGCAAAAUUCAGUUUUUUUUUUUAUUAUUUUGGUUGUCAAAGUGAAUGUAGAAUUUAAGUUAAUAUAUUUAAUUCAGUUAUAUAUAUGAUCUUUAAAUAGAUGUAGCAUUUGUUGUCAAGUUGAAUCAUGGAUGACACAACUGUAACUACACACAGCUGAUCAGGUUCACGCUCAGCACCUCGCAGAGCUCAUAUGUAUAUUUUUUUAAUGUCAUCAGAUAAUUGCUGACAGCUUCAACGAAGAAAACAUUCAGCAUACUGUAUGGCCAGUGAAAACAGUUCUUCUGUCCCUGCAAGUGAUUCAUGUAUUUGUUCCAGUCAAACCAGUUGACUCAGGUGCUCCACUUUUCCAUUCAAGCCAAGCCUAGACUUUAAACAGUGAAUGUACUUCCUUGGUUGGUCUAUUUAUGAUCUGAUGCCAUGAGGAAUAAAAUGGCACUUCAGA